AGGAGGCGUUGGAUUGACGAGUUGUAGGUUACGGUAGCAUUUAGCCGAAAAGGUUCCGCUCCGUGAGGUUCCGGCUGUGGUUCCGGUGUACAUUAGGAAACUGUAUGACCUGGACGGCCGUUCAAUGAAAGUCGCAAUGCGUUUCGUUUAAUUUCGUGCGCCCAGCUGCAGCGAAGUAGCCCAGCUCAGCAUACUCUUGGUUUCGAUUGUCUCUACAAAGCCCGGAAAAGAGACGCCUCGAGCGUGCUAUGCUCUCUCAGAUCACGGUAUUGUGCACAUUAUCCCCCCUCAAGUUAAGCAUGUCCUUAGCUGCCGCUCAUUGGAGUGGUUGCAAGACUUGAAGGGACUGCGAAAACAUGCUCACUCGGCGCCUUCGCUCGUGCCACGGUGCCGUGCUCUGGGCAGUGCGAGGCGCGCGAAACGAGCGGGCAGCAUGCUGGCGCGGCGCCGCAUCGCAGCAGAGUGCCGACGGUGCCCUGCGGCUGAGCGACAGCUGCGUGGAGAAGCUGCGGCGCGUCGGGGUGGGCCGCGUGUUGCGGGUGUCCGUGGAAGGCGGCGGCUGCUCCGGCUUCCAGUACCGUUUCCAGCUCGAAGACCAGCCCGCACCGGACGACGUGCUCUUCGAACGCGACGGCGCCCGCGUUGUCGUGGACAGUGCAUCGUUGGACCUGCUACGCGGCGGCACGCUAGACUACCAGGAGGAGCUCAUCCGCUCAGCAUUCCGCAUCGUGGACAAUCCGCAGGCGGAGCACGGUUGCUCCUGUGGCGCCUCUUUCACCAUCAAACUUUAGACCGUGGAAGUAAGAAACGGACGCCGGACGUAGAGGCACAUGUUUUAAUAGAAACUGUAGCGCUUAGGCCAAGAAAAGUGAUGCAUGCAGUUGUAUGGCUUACAGUCUAUAGACGCAUUUGAGAUUACGUGUUAUCAGAGUUUGCAUGGCAGUUGGCGCAACGUAUGAAAUAAACUCUGCAUAAGU